GAGCUAAGCUCCCAAAGCUCUCAAGGCUCUUCCUUCAAAAACCUGACCAUCUAUUUCCUCUUGAGGUAGUGUGAUAUCAUUCAAGCCUUCAAACUCAGGUGGGUAGUUUCUGUUUCCUCUAAGCACAAGAGAGGAAGGAAACCAGUUUUUCCUAAAGCUUCUCAGGUUUAGAGUGAACGGGGGAAGGGGGUGGUGUUGAGGAAGAGGAAAAAACAUAAGAAAAGAAAGAAGAACAAGAAGUUUAGUCCUUAAAAGAAAGAGGUCUAAAACAGGGGGUGGUGGGGGGUGGGUUUUGGUCAAGUGAUGCGCUCAGGAGCUUGUGCGGCGCCGCAGACCCUCACAGCAGAGGCUGCUUCAGUCUUGAAGCACUCUCUCAGCUUGGCAAGGAGGAGGGGCCAUGCUCAGGUCACUCCUCUCCAUGUGGCUGCCACUUUGCUGAGUUCAAGGGCCAGUCUAUUGAGAAGGGCUUGCCUCAAAUCUCAGCCUCACCAGACAUCACAUCCUCUCCAAUGCAGAGCUCUUGAGCUCUGCUUCAACGUGGCUCUGAAUAGGCUGCCAACCACGCCUGGUCCUCUGCUACAUGGCCAGCCUUCUCUCUCCAAUGCUCUGAUCGCGGCACUCAAAAGAGCACAGGCACAUCAAAGAAGAGGUUGCAUAGAACAACAGCAACAGCAGCCACUUUUAACCAUAAAGGUCGAGUUAGAACAGCUUAUCAUAUCCAUCUUAGAUGACCCUAGUGUCAGCAGGGUUAUGAGAGAGGCUGGAUUCUCUAGCACUGCUGUCAAGAACAACAUAGAGGACUCUUCAGCCACUUCUGUGUUUCAGUGUUACAAUAGUUCCGGUGGGGUUUUUUCCUCACCUUGUUCACCUUCUCCUACUGAAAAUCAGAGAGAUAUCAUCAACCCUAGCACUUUCUGGCAGACGCAUUUCUUAACUUACUCUUCUGAACAAAACCCAGUUCUCUUCUCCCCUCAAAAGAAAGUUCCAACCAAUCCCAAUACAGGUUCAGCCUCCGUGAAGGAAGAUAUCAAGCUGGUCUUUGAGGUCCUUCUGAGGAAGGAUAAGAGAAAGAACACCGUGAUCGUUGGUGACUCGGUGCCGAUCACUGAGGGCCUGGUAGCAGAGUUCAUGUCAAGGCUCGAGAGAGGAGAGGUCCCUGAAGAGCUGAAAUCGACCCAUUUAAUCAAAUUUCAGUUUGCACCAGUUUCUUUAAGAUUCAUGAAGAAGGAAGAUGUGGAGAUGAGCCUUUCAGAACUGAAAAGGAAUGUGGAUUCUCUUACAUCAGGAGGGAGUGGAGCCAUUGUUUACACUGGCGACCUGAAAUGGACGGUCGAGACAACUUUUAACGAGAGAGAAGGAGAUCAAAUGUCAGGUUAUAACCCAGUUGAUCAUCUUGUGGCGGAAAUAGGAAGGUUAGUCUCUGGAUAUGGCAGCUCGAACACAAAGGUAUGGUUAAUGGCGACUGCAAGUUACCAGACAUACAUGAGGUGCCAAAUAAGGCAACCCCCACUUGAGGUUCAAUGGACUCUUCAAGCCGUUUCCGUUCCUUCGGGAGGACUUGGUUUAAGCCUCCACAGUUCCAGUGUGCUUGAUUCAAAUAUAACAUUCUCCAAGAACAAAUAUCAAGUGCUGGAAACAAAGCCAUUUAGUUGCAAGGAGGAACAAGAAGAUAAGCUCACUUGCUGUGCAGAAUGUGCCUCCAGUUAUGAAAAAGAAGCUGAUUUGUUCAAAACUAGCCAGCAAAAGCUCUUACCUCCUUGGCUGCAACCUCAGGGAACUGAAGCCCGUCAAAAGGAUGAAAUGGUUGAGUUGAGGAGAAAGUGGAACAGGCUAUGCCUGAGCCAACACCAGGGCAGGCAUUCUCGGAACAACAUGACUUCUGCUUUGUACAACAAUCAAAGUGUAAUUGGAAAGAGCUAUACUUCACCCUACCCUUGGUGGCCGAGUCAGAACAGCGUCUUCCCUCACUCGAAUUCGAUUUCCUUUGCCAAUUCAGCUUUGAAAUCCACCAACAGCUCCAAUCUCGUGCCUAGAUUCAGAAGACAACAGUCCUGCAGUACCAUUGAAUUCAAUUUCAAUGGUGGUACCCAGAAACACCAAUCGGCGGAACCGAGCUUGCAUUCUCUAAAAGACACUGAUGGGAAGGAAGUAAAGAUCACCCUUGCUCUGGGAAAUUCUCUUUUCUCUGAUUCAGCAAAAUUGGUGGAGCAGAAAAGUGAAAGAACAAUGCAACGAGCUGAUACAUGCAAGCUACUACAAGAGAAUGUGCCAUGGCAAUCUGAAACCAUUCCUUCAAUAGCAGAGGCCAUGAUCGACUCCAAGCUGGCAAAGCAGGAGACGUGGUUACUGAUUCAGGGGGAGGAUUCGAUAGGAAAAAGAAGGUUGGCACGAGCAAUUGCAGAAUCCAUUUUCGGGUCUGCUGAUUUUCUACUCCAUAUGGACAUGAGGAAAAGAGAUAAUGAAUUGAUCCCAUGUUCUGACAUCCUUACGAAAGCCUUGAAGAACCACGGACAGCUCGUCGUCUUGGUGGAAGACAUUGAUCUGGCCGAUACCCAAUUCAUGAAAUUCCUAGCUGAUAGAUACGAGGCAGGAAAAUUCGGAGAAUCAAGCAAAAGUGAGAGAAGUUUAGGCCGAGCAAUAUUCAUAUUGACUAAAGGUGGUUCAACGAGCUAUGAAGAUAAGAAGAACGUCCAAGAUUUUGUCAUCAAGCUGAACUUGGAAAUCGAUGAAACAAAACCUGUUUUGGGGACACCUAAGUUCGAUCUCAAGCGAAAACCUAAGUGGGAUUUUUCAAGCAGCACAAAGAGUCCAAGAAUAGAAGAAAAGGAAGAUGCAACUUCGGCGGCGGGAGAGACAGGCAACGGCAACAAAGACUUCUCUAGGCAAUCAAGCUUCAAUACCCUUGAUCUGAACCUUAUUGCCGAUGAGAACGAUGAAAGCGAGGACAAACCAGGGGAGCAUAGCCCCAUCUCGAGCGAUUUGACUCGUGAAACCACAACCGAUCCCCGAAGCCCACAUGGGUUCCUUGAGUUGAUCGAGAACCGCUAUGUUUUCGACCGAAGCCCCGCUCGGGAUAGAGAGAUGAUAGAGCUUUUCAUGUCGAAGAUCAGAGGGUCAUUCGAGGAGGUUUGUGGGAAGCAAAACAUGGGAAGUUUUAGCGUAGAAGAGAGGGUGUUAGAGGAGGUGUUAGUUGGGUCUGCUUCUUUCCCCAACAGCUUGUUUGAGAAAUGGCUGAAAGACAUUUUUCAAACGAGCUUGCAAACGGUCAAAUUUGGCGGGAAGGGCAUUUCUGUUAGGCUGUGUUUGGAUUGGCAAAGGAGGGGGAUUUUGGUGGAUGGCUUCUUGGGCUCUUGUCUGCCUAAGAAAAUCCAAGUUUCUAAUUAUAUGGACUAAUUAAUUAAGUGGGUGGGUUUCUUUUUAUUUUUCCCUCUGUAAAAUCUUUCACAAAUGGAAAAUGCAUGGCAAGAGUAUCCUUAUCAUGUAA